AGGAACCCGUGACGGAUGCAUCGAUGGCGGCGCAUCACUCUUGACUUCUUUCUCUCUCUCUCUAGAGGCCGUGAGCUUCCCGUCAGCCCCUGCGGCGCAAGCUGUCUCCCUCACCCCCCCCCCUUCCCCGGCCUGAAAGUCGACCGGGGCGCAGUCAAGAUGGCGGGCUACCUGUCGCAUCGGCAGAAGGUGCUGCGGCUCUACAAGCGAGCCAUGCGGCACCUCGAGUCCUGGUGUAUCUAUCGGGAUAAUUAUAGAUACCAUGCCUGUCUGCUGAGAGCAAGAUUUGAUGAGCAUAAGGAUGAAAAAGACAUGAUUAAAGCAACUAAGCUGUUGAUGGCUGCUGAAGAAGAAUUUUGGGAAAAGCAACACCCUCAGCCGUACAUCUUUCCUGACUCUCCAGGUGGCACAAGCUAUGAGAGAUACGAGUGCUUUAAGUCACCUGAAUGGAUCCUAGAAAUGUGGCACCCAUCAGAGAAAGCCAUGUACCCAGAUUACUUCGCUAAGAGAGAACAAUGGAAGAAGCUGCGCCUGGAAAGUUGGGACAAGGAGGUCCAGCAACUUCAGGAAGAAACCCCACCCGGAGGUCCCACUACGGAAGACUUACCUCCAGCUCGUAAAGAGGGACACCUGCCUCCGCUCUGGUGGCAUUUCGUAACUAAGCCUCGCAGAUACCCGUUGUAAGAACCUCCACUCUAAAAGGUCUGUCUUAACCCCAGAGGUCUCCAAACUUGGCAAUUUUUAAGACUUGUGGACUUCAACUCCCAGAAUUUCUCAGCCAGUUAUGCAAUCCACAAGUCGUAAAAGUUAUCAAGUUUGGGGACCCCUGAUCUAACCCCACGAAAUGGUCUGUGAGCUUCCUGCAGCCGGUCUCUUUGUGUACUAGCAAACCCAAUAAAAGCCUGAUACAAACCG